AUGUCGGGACAUUACACUCGAUCUAUUGCCAGUGCUGGGAGCGAGUCGGUCGGAAGUGUACAGCAUCGAUUAUCGUCUGGGCGCGCCGAGCGCUCAGCUUCGAAUCCGGCGACCUUUUCCCUAGACCAGUACGAUACCGCUUUACCACCCAUCAAUUUUCAGACUCCGACCCUUGCACACCGACGAACCGGGAGUACAUUGAAAACUGUUAUGCGCAAGAUCUUUAACCGAAAAAGGCAGAGUGCAACGGAUGGGGUGGAGGAAAGCCCAAACGAGGCUCUAUAUAUCACCCCCGUGAGAAAACCAGGACCGGAAGGCAAAUCAUUUCUAGCGGUUCCCACACCUACGGAGUCGAAACGAAGUAGUCCACUUUCGGAGGAAAACCUACAGUUGCAGUUUGCGGAGACACAUUUAUCACCAACAACCGCCACAGGGGGCUCCUUGCCAUCGCCCGGUUUGCCAACACGCCGUCGACGAGCAACACUGCCCAGUGUGAUCUUCUCCGACGACGAAUCACGGUUUGCAGUGGCGUCUGCAAUCUCCGAUCCACAAGACGACCGUCAUAUUCAAGAAGGGCGCCGACACAGUAUGCUUCUGAACCGACGAUCGAGAAGUGCAGAAGCGCUGCAGGACCUUGUAGCUGGACAAUCACAUGAGGACUGGCCACCCCGCACCACCUCCAUUCCGACUUCGGGCCCCGACGACAAAUCGCCUGUCCUCGGAAGCUCUGUCAGUGCCCAUUCCGCGAGACCGUCCACAGGAACCACAGUGACCAGCGCGACACAAGCAUCUGCGGCACCUUCAAUCAAUGAAGUAGACGAACGGGCAGAGCAAAUGAGCCUACCCCCUAAUUUGGGCAAUUUUGUUCACACCAUGCAACAAGACGACGGUCUCACAGUGGAGCAACGAUUAAACACUCUGGAAGUGAAGAUGAUAGAUCUGGAGUUCGCAAUUGCCCGCAUGCAAUCCAGUCCCGUCGAUGGCCCAACAGAUCGAUCCUCAUCCAGGCAGAAACGCACCCCCUCCGCCGAUCCAUACAGCCCUCACACACGCAACAAACCAUCAUCCGGGUACCUAGGCUCAUCCGACCGAGACCGCGACCGCGACCGGGACGAAUCCCCUAGCCCCUUAGCCAAUUUCUCCGCAGUGCGCCCAUCCAGCACAAGCACAAUCCGACAAGAAACGAUGCAAAGAAGCAUCCGGCCUGCACCAUCGGCGACAUCCCUCUCCGAAUUUAGCGGCGUCUCUAUCGAGCAGUACAGUACGCUAGUAACACUUUUGCGCCGCGAACAGACUGCCCGCCGCAACCUAGAAAGCCAGGUCUCCGGUCUGCGUGACGACCUCCGUCAGUUUCAGCGGGCAGCGCUCCAGUCGAUGGAAAUGGGAACCAUGUACCCGAUCCAUAAUGUGGACUCACAAGAAUUCCUGCGAUUCCGGCGUGCGCUUGAUGACUCGGAUUCGACUUCGCCUAUUUCCAGAGACAGGGAGCGGGGGAAUGCCGAUUAUGAAGAUGUGUCGGAGUAUGGACGGGAUGAUCCGAUUGGGCCGCAUAAAUGGGAUAAUGCACAACGGUCUGUGACGGCGCCUAUGAUUUGA